GAACGUAGAGGGCUAGCGGGAUAACAUGGCAGAUUCACUGUGAGUCGUCUCGGGCAGAAAAACACCAAUUUCGUGCUGUUUUAUGUGCUAACUUGGUAUGACUAUACUAGAGAACAGCCUAAAGUUCAUUUUGUGAAAUUAUGGUGGUGAUAAAGCAGAGAGCAUGGAUGUAAAUAUUAAGCAAGAUACUGAUGGCUGGGAAGAUCUCUCGGAUACAGGAGGAGAAGGAAACGGUGCUGAUCUGACAUGUAAACAAGAACAAGGUCAAACCAUCAUCUUCAGAUCAGAAGAAGGUAGAGUCAUAAUGGACAAGGAAACAGACCAAGACAAUUAUUUUGUACAAGGUCAGACUAUUACAAUCAAACGUGAGGUAGAUGAAGACAUGACCAACCCUGAUACAGCUCAAGACCAAUGGACCACACAAGGUUCAACCUUCACCAUCAAACAGCAAGUAGAUGAAGACAUGACCAACCCUGAUACAGCUCAAGACCAAUGGAAUACACAAGAUAACGAUCUUUUGGAUGGAGUAGACAUGAAACAAUCAUCCAUUACAGAAUGCAGUGAAGAUGAGUCCCAUCAUGGUUUACAAUACAAUAAGACGUUUACAGAUGAGAACUCUUUAGUUCUACAUCAUAAAACUCACUCUAGGGAAGUUGAGUUUGCUAGUCAUCCUUGGACAGAGUUCGGAGACAGAUGCUUCAAGUGCCCCCAUUGUCAUAAGAAUUUUGAAUGUAGGGAUACUCUUAUGACCCAUGUGAGCACACACACUGGAGAAGAGACUUAUUGGUCUUGUAAGAAAGGAUAUUUACAAAAGAACAUUUUUACUGAUCAUAUUAGAACCAAAACCGAAGAAAAAACCCAUAAUUGCUCUUAUUGUGCUAAGAGAUUUUCUAACAGGAGUCAUCUUUCCUGUCAUAUAAGAACACACACAGGAGAGAAACCUUAUCAUUGCUCACAUUGUGGGAAGGGAUUUUCUCAAAAGAGUGAACUUACUCGGCAUAUAAGAACACACACAGGAGAAAAACCUUAUCAGUGCUCUCAUUGUGAGAAGAGAUUUUCUCAAAAGAGCAAUCUUACCUGUCAUAUAAGAACACACACAGGAGAAAAACCUUUUCAUUGCUCUCAUUGUGAGAAGAGAUUUACUGACAAGUCCACUCUUACAAGUCAUAUAAGAAAACAUACUGGAGAAAAAUCUCUUCAUUGCUCUCAUUGUGAAAAGAGAUUUACUCACAAGACUGCUCUUACAAAUCAUAUUAGAACACACACAGGAGAAAAACCCUAUAUUUGCUCUCAUUGUGAAAAGAGAUUUACUCACAAGUCCUCUCUUACAAGUCAUUUAAGAACACACACCGGAGAAAAACCCCAUAUUUGCCCUCAUUGUGAGAGGAGAUUUUCUUACAAGUCCUCUCUUACAAUUCAUAUCAGAACACACACCAGAGAAAAAUGCUAUAUUUGUUCUCAAUGUGGUCAGAGAUUUUCUCAAGAGAGUCAGCUUAUCCGUCAUAUAAGAACACACGAAGGAGAAAAAUCUUAUCGUUGCUCUCAUUGUGACAAGAGAUUUUCUAAUCAGGUCAGUCUUACAUAUCAUAUCAGGACACAUACAGGAGAAAAACCUUAUAUUUGCUCUCAUUGUCAGAAGGGAUUUGUUACAAAGAGUAAUCUUACCACUCAUAUAAGAACACACACAGGAGAAAAACCUUAUCAGUGCUCUCAUUGUGAGAAGAGAUUUUCUCAAAAGAGUAAUCUUUACUGUCAUAUAAGAAGACACACAGGAGAAAAACGUUUUCAUUGCUCUCAUUGUGAGAAGAGAUUUACUGACAUGUCCACUCUUAGAAGUCAUAUAAGAACACAUACUGGAGAAAAAUCUCUUCAUUGCUCUCAUUGUGAAAAGAGAUUUACUCACAAGACUGCUCUUACAAAUCAUAUUAGAACACACACAGGAGAAAAACCCUAUAUUUGCUCUCAUUGUGAAAAGAGAUUUACUCACAAGUCCUCUCUUACAAGUCAUAUAAGAACACACACAGGAGAAAAACCUUAUCGUUGCUCUCAUUGUGACGAGAGAUUUUCUAAUCAGGUCAGUCUUACAUAUCAUAUCAGGACACACACAGGAGAAAAACCCUAUAUUUGCUCUCUUUGUGAAAAGAGGUUUUCUACAAAAAGCAGUCUUACCUGUCAUAUUAGAACACACACAGGAGAAAAACCUUAUCAGUGCUCUCAUUGUGAGAAGAGAUUUUCUCAAAAGAGCGAUCUUACCUGUCAUAUAAGAACACACACAGGAGAAAAACCUUAUCAAUGCUCUCAUUGUGAGAAGAGAUUUACUGACAAGUCCACUCUUAGAAUUCAUGUAAGAAAACAUACUGGAGAAAAACCUCUUCAUUGCUCUCAUUGUGAAAAGAGAUUUACCCACAAGACCGGUCUUACAAUUCAUAUGAGAACACACACAGGAGAAAAACCCUAUAUUUGCUCUCUUUGUGAGAAGAGAUUUUCUUCCAAUUCCUCUCUUACAAGUCAUUUAAGAACACACACUGGAGAAAAACCCUAUAUUUGUCCUCAUUGUGAGAGGAGAUUUUCUAAAAAGUUCUCUCUUAAAAUUCAUAUCAGAACACACACCGGAGAAAAAUGCUAUAUUUGUUCUCAAUGUGGUCAGAGAUUUUCUCAUGAGAGUCGGCUUAUCCGUCAUAUAAGAACACACACAGGAGAAAAACCUUAUCGUUGCUCUCAUUGUGACAAGAGAUUUUCUAAUCAGGCCAGUCUUACAUAUCAUAUUAGAACACAUACUGGAGAAAAACCCUAUAUUUGCUCUCAUUGUCAGAAGGGAUUUGUUUCAAAGAGUGAUCUUACCACUCAUAUACGAACACACACAGGAGAAAAACCCUAUAUUUGCUCUCUUUGUGAAAAGAGGUUUUCUACAAAAAGCAGUCUUACCUGUCAUAUUAGAACACAUACUGGAGAAAAACCCUAUCUUUGCUCUUUAUGUGGGAAAGGAUUUUCUCAAAAGAGUAAUCUUUACUGUCAUAUAAGAAAACACACAGGAGAAAAACUUUAGCAAUGCUCUCAUUGUGAGAAGAGAUUUACUGACAAGUCCACUCUUAGAAGUCAUAUGAGAAGAAACCACACUGGAGAAAAAACCUCUUCAUUGCUUUCAUUGUGAAAAGAGAUUUACUCACAAGACUGUUCUUACAAAUCAUAUUAGAACCCAUAUUGGAGAAAAACCGUAUAUUUGCUCCCACUGUGAAAAGGGAUUUGUUAAAAAAAAAUUAAAAUCCAUAACUUACCUGUCAUAUUAGAACACGUACGGGAGAAAAACCCUAUAUUUACUCUCAUUGUGCGAAGGGAUUUCCUCACAAGUCCACUCUUAGAAGUCACAUAAGAAGAAAACACACUGGAGGAAAAAACCUUAUCAUUGCUCUCAUUGUGAGAAGAGAAUUACUGAAAAGUCCAUUCUUACAAAUGUUAGAACACACAUAGGAGAAAACCCUGUAUCUGCUCUCAUUGUGAGAAGAGAUCUUAUCCAUCAUAAGAACACACACAGGAGAAAACCCUGUAUCUGCUCUCAUUGUGA